AUGCGUUUCUCACUCGCUUCUAUUGUGCCUUUGGCCCUCUCCGUUGCUGCUAUCAAGGUUACUGAGCCCACCACUGGUGAGGAUGUCGCUCUUUCAAGCUCGCUCACUGUGAAGUGGACCUCUGUCGACUCUGAUGCCUCCAAGUUUGAUAUCUUGCUUGUCAACAACGCAGUCUACCCCACUGUGAGCAAGACCGUCGCCACCGACGUUGAAACUUCCAAGGGCUCUUACACCAUUGAUAGCGUCAGCGGUGUUUCUGACGGUCACGGCUUCCAGAUCAACCUGCUGGGCGUCACCGAUACCAGCUCUGGAAUCCUCGCUCAGUCUGGACAGUUCAACAUUACUGGAUCGGCUUCUUCUUCUUCUUCUUCUACCACUGACAGCAGCACCACCACUAGUCUUUCCACCUCUACUGCCUCUGGCCUGACCACCACCACCAGUACAUCUGAUAGCACCACCACUACUGGUACUGCUGCUACUGGUACCUCCACCGGUACCUCUACUGGUACAUCUACUGGUACCUCAACUGGUACCUCGACUACCACCUCUUCCUCCGCCGCGCAGACUUCCACUGGUGCCGCCGUUGCUCUCUUCGCAGGCCCGGCCGCUGCUGCCGGCCUAUUCGCCGGUGCCAUUGCCUUCGCUUUGUAA